CUCAAUUCUCCAGAGCCGACGGGAGGCCGGGCUUCUCCGUUUGGGACAAUGGAGGACUUGGAUGCUUUACUGGAAGAGCUGGAACGAUCCUCCCUAGGUGGAGUCACUGAGGAUUCCCAAACUGACUCCUUUGUCCUGGAUCGGCAUUCCAAGGACAACAAGGUUGCAGGGGCAGCAGAGGCCGGUCUUGUUCAGGAUGCUGUAUUUCCGAUUCCGGCGGAGCUGGUGUACACCACCCAGGUCGGGAAGAAUGACUCGAUCUACAGUGAAAUCAGUGACCCGAGCCCUUUGCUCUCACCUCCUGCAACUUCAGCGUCUGCUCAGCUGGAUGAACUCAUGGCUAACCUGUGUCAGAUGCAGUCAAUGAUCGCAGUCAAGGUGGGCCACCCUAAAGAGCCAUUGCCUGAGAAGCCAGAGCCGGAGACCUCCCUGGACACCAUGCUGGGAGGCCUGGAGCAGGGUUUGCAGGACCUCGGGAUCACCACGGUGCCCAAGGGCCACUGCGCUUCCUGCCAGAAGCCUAUCGCUGGAAAGAUGAUCACUGCCCUGGGCCAGACAUGGCAUCCCGAACACUUUGUCUGCACCCACUGCAAGAAGGAGAUGGGCAGCUGUCCCUUUUUUGAACGGAAUGGAUCGGCCUACUGCUCGAAGGAUUACCAUCAGCUCUUCUCCCCCCGCUGCGCUUACUGCGCCGCGCCCAUUGUGGAUAAAGUGCUGACCGCCAUGGAUCAGAACUGGCACCCCGAGCACUUUUUCUGCACUCACUGUGGGGAGAUAUUCGGCAAGGAAGGUUUUCUGGAGAAGGAUGGGAAGCCCUACUGCCACAAGGAUUUCUCGGCUAUGUUUUCUCCCAAGUGCGCCGGCUGUAACCAGCCCGUGUUGGAAAAGUAUCUCUCAGCCAUGGACUCCGUCUGGCACGCCGAGUGCUUCGUCUGUGGGGACUGUUUCAGCAGCUUCUCCACAGGCUCCUUCUUCGAGCUGGACGGCCGGCCAUUCUGCGAGUUUCACUACCACCAGCGUCGGGGCACCCUGUGCCAGGGGUGCGGGAAACCCAUCACCGGCCGUUGCAUCAGCGCCAUGGGGCAUAAGUUUCACCCUGAGCAUUUCGUCUGCUCCUUCUGCUUGACCCAACUGUGCAAGGGGGUCUUUCGGGAGCAGAAAGAUAAGGCCUAUUGCCAUCCCUGCUUUAAUAAGCUCUUCCCCCUGUAACCUCAGGACACCUCCAUGAGGCUCGGGAGGGGUGGGGAACUGGUGGAGGAGAGAGCCGCCCAAAAAGAAUCUCUAGAAACCGCAAGCUGGAACAAUUCAGAAGAAACUUGCCCUAUCCUGCUUCUUACCAUCCUUAAAGAAAAUAAUCAGGGGGUGUUUUUCCUUGGGAUUCUGGAUGUUUUCCCCUUUUCCCCAUCUAGAAUCUGAAUCUGGAUUUCAAUUACCCUCACCCUCCCCUCCCUAGAGACACAUUUGGGAAGCAGAUAUGCACACAGGAUCUUCCUCGUCCCCCACUCAUGCGCCACUGGUUUCUGCUCAUUCAUUCAAUUGUAUUUAUUGAGCGCUUACUGUGUGCAGAGCACUGUACUAAGCACUUGGGAAGUACA